AUGGUCUUUUGUUCGCUGAUGGUAUUCCCCGCUGCUAUUAUUGUGGCCCCUUGUACCGAAUACGUUGCGAGCUUCGAUGCUAGCCCGUGGACAAACUUGGCCAACAAGCCCCCUGCUGGCCAGCUUCGUUUUGUAUUCCCAGAAGUCAUGAACUUCACUGCUUCCUUGCUUACUGAUGUCGUAAAGAUCAUUCCUUCAUACUAUUUCAGCACCAGGGCAAUGAAAUUGGCAAACCUUUACGCCGACGACUACCUAGCGCAGCAGCAGCUCAACAGCACCGGCAUGACGCUAAACGGUGCUCUUGACACGUUCAUGCAGACCACUCGCGAUGCACUGAUUGUCCAUGGAAAGACGCCUGUCAUAUGGGAAGACUACUGCGCUCUCAAACCAAACUAUUGUGAUAAUGCUGCAGUAGUGGCAAGAAGGGGUUUCGGGAUCAUCCAUGCACCAUCAAAUCACUUCUACCUGGAUUAUGGUGCUGGUGAGGGACUGGGAGACGACCCAAUUGGAAAUGGCUGGUGCGACCCCCUUCAAAAUCUAGUCCAAGGCAUAUACCUCUCAUCCGUUGGCAAACUUGACCAAGGCGCAGCGAGCAAAUUCUAUGGAGUGGACAGUCUGGUCCCCAAAAUUGGGAAGCAGCCCACUGGCGCUGCACUCAACGUCACCGAUGCACUUCCUCGUUUGCAUGGCCUAGUGAUGCAUCAGGCUUUACUUGUUCACGAAGUCCUCCUAGAGAUAUUCGCCUAUGUACCAUAUGCUGAAACACCAUCGACCCAGAAAUUGCUUUCAGCGCUUGCAAGGACAUGCAAAAUCUUCCACGAGCCUGCGAUGGAUUUGCUGUGGACUGAAAUCUAUGGAUUAGAACCACUGCUAGGCUGUGUAGCGAGGUUACAUCGACUGAUAUACCAUAGUGGUAUAAGGUGGCACCAACCCUGGGCGAAAGGUGUCGAGCCAUUAUCUGCCCAUGAGGCCCAUCAAUUUCUGCGUCACUCCUCCCGCAUACGCACAUUGGACAUAAAAUCUGAUGAUCCGCACCUUCUCUCUGUCAUCCCCGCCGAGGCAUGCAUAUUUCCAAGGCUGAAGUCAUUAAGUCUUACCACCGCAUAUCUGAACCUCUUUCUGCCUCACAUGCUGCACCGAUGUCAUCUAUUGGGCGUCGAUGAGGGUCUGCAAUCCUUUGUGAUACGUUGCAUUGCUCUGGAGGAUUUAUUCAUCUACACUCCUGAAUGGCGCCAGGUUGAUAGUACAGCAAAUGAGAUGUCCCUGCUAUCCGAUAGGAUUCAUUGGUGCACGCGGCUUGUAACUCUUUGUUGUCCAAUGCUCGACUGGGAAACAUGGAAGCAUCUCUCCCACCUCCCUACCCUUCUCAAUUUAGAAAUUGAACAAGGGUGUAAUGACCCUCCUUCGCUGUCAAAACGAGAUAUCGUGAAUGUAUCAUUCCUUAACAUCACAAGCCUUUCCUUUCAAGAUCUCUAUGAUCCUGAAGACAUCAUCACAGUCAUGCAACACUCGCAAUUUCCCUCGCUGAAAAAGUUCGAGUUUGAAGCCAACUAUAUCUCUUCAGAAGAUGCCGAGCAACUCUUUCAUGCUCUGUCCCGCUGCGAAGCGUGUCGGACUCUAGAAGAAAUCACCAUUUGUUCUCUUGAUGAGGAAUACCGUGUACCCCCAAACAGCGAGCCUUUGACACCAAUUCCGCAAUUUCUUUGUUUUACGCAACUCCGAAGCCUGAGGCUCACAUUUCAUAAUUUCCACAUCAUCCACCUGGACAAUGACAUGCUCUUGCAAGCCAUGUCUACUUGGCCGCACAUCCGCGCUCUGGAAAUCAGUGACUCAGCUAGCUAUGCUCCUUCCGAAAUCUCCCUCCGUGGAUUAUUCACAGCGCUCAGUCUAUGUCCAGAAUUGGAUACACUACGAGUUCCAAUCAAUCUUGCAACUAUCGACAUCGAUCCUGAUGCCGAGCCAAUACAACAUACCUCCCUACGAUUAUUGGCUUUGGACUUAUCCGUGUCUCAAACUGAAACUAUCGCCCGCAUUAUUUCCGCCUGGCUCCCUUUCGUCGACCAAGUUCACUCAUAUGGUUCGAAUUGGAUUGAAGUCAACAGGUAUCUUAGAUCUUUGAGAAGGGCUACUGCGCCGUAUAUCACGCGAGCCUCCUAUAAGAAUUGA